AUGUAUUGCUGUAGUGCACAAGAAAGCAAAAUGGACUAUAAGCGGCGCUUCCUGCUUGGCGGGUCCAAGCAGAAGGUGCAGCAACACCAGCAGUAUCAAAUUCCUGAGCUAGGCAGGACCCUGAGCGCCCCGCUGGCCUCCGCCACCCCAGCACCCCCCUUGGUCUCCUCAGCUGCUGCGGGCAGCUGCAGCCACCCCGUGUCCCACACUACUCCCAUCGCAGACAUCCAGCAGGGGAUCUCCAAGUACCUGGAUGCACUCAAUGUGUUUUGCCGAACGAGCACCUUCCUCACUGAGCUGUUCAGCAGCGUGUUCAGGAACUCGCACUACUCUAAGGCAGCUAUGCAACUGAAGGACGUGCAGGAACAUGUCAUGGAAGCAGCCAGUCGCCUCACAGCAGCAAUAAAACCAGAAAUAGCAAAAAUGCUGAUGGAGCUGAGUGCCGGAGCUGCCAACUUCAAAGACCAGAAAGAGUUCAGCCUACAAGACAUUGAGGUACUUGGGAGAUGUUUCUUGACAGUGAUGCAGGUCCAUUUCCAGUUCCUGUCACAAGCUUUGCAGAAGGUCCAACCAGUGGCACACUCUUGCUUUGCUGAAGCUGUAGGUCAGGAGAGAAAGAAUGUUACGGGAUCUGGAGCCUCGAAUUUAAACGCUACAAGUGAGCUAGAAGAUGCAAUAAGAUCAUGGAGAGGAGCAGCAGAGGCCACAUCUCGGCUGCGAGAGCGAGGCUGCGACGGGUGCCUGGCGGGCAUCGAAGUGCAGCAGCUCUUCUGCUCCCAGACUGUGGCCAUCCCUGAGCAUCAGCUCAAGGAGCUGAACAUGAAAAUUGACAGUGCUUUGCAGGCUUACAAAGUGGCUUUGGAGAGUCUGGGCCAUUGUGAAUAUGCAAUGAAGGCUGGCUUCCACUUGAACCCAAAAGCUAUUGAAGCGAGUCUUCAGGGCUGUUGUAGUGAAGCUGAAGCCCAGCAAACAGGAAGGAGGCAGACUCCACCUCAGCCAAUUCAGUGUGAGCUGCCCACUGUACCUGUUCAGAUAGGAUCACAUUUUCUGAAAGGAAUAUCCUUUAAUGAGUCUGCAGCAGAGAACCUGAAGCUGAAAACGCACACGAUGAUGCAGCUGAUUAAGGAGGCUGGGUGCCACAAUGGGCUUACACCCCGGGACGACUCCCCUGUCACUGAGGUGCUCAACCAGGUUUGCCCUUCCACAUGGCGCGGAGCCUGCAAAACCGCUGUACAGCUGUUGUUUGGCCAGGCUGGGCUGGUGGUUGUGGACACAGCACAGAUUGAAAAUAAAGAAGCCUACGCUCCUCAGAUCAGUUUAGAAGGGUCCAGAAUCGUGGUGCAAGUUCCAUCAACUUGGUGUCUGAAAGAAGAUCCAGCAACCAUGUCUCUGCUACAGAGGAGUCUGGAUCCAGAGAAGACUUUGGGACUGGUGGAUGUGCUCUAUACUGCUGUGUUUGACAUCCAUAGGUGGAAGGAAGGAAGGGAGCAGGCUCUGCCUUGCAUUCAGAUCCAGCUGCAGCGUGAGCUCUCGGACUUUGGGAACCAGGUGGACAUGCCGGCCGGGAACGGCAGCAAGCCUUCGGGUGGCCUGCAGAAGACCUUCUCCAAGCUGACCUCACGGUUUACAAAAAAAACUUCCUGCAGCAAUGCAAACAGCACUGGGAGUUACUCCAUCCCCAGCACACCUUCCAAGAACGUCUUCGUCGGCUCCAGCUCGGAGGAGAAGGCGAAGCUGCCCGGGGGCGUGGAUGCGCGGCUGCAGAGCAUCCUGAGCAUCGGCAGCUUCCCGCGGGCCGCAGAGACCCUGCCGGCUGCCCAGGGCACGGCCAGCCUCCUGGCCAACGGCCUCCUGGGGGAGCGCAGGGACAGCUUCUUCAAGCCGGAUGAGGGCAAGGAUGACAAAGGCAUGAACUUACCAACCGACCAGGAGAUGCAGGACGUGAUCGAUUUCCUCUCGGGGUUCAACAUGGGCAAGUCCCAGCAGACCUCCCCCAUGGUGAAGAGGAGGAACUCUGCUGCCUCCUCCACGGUGCCGGAGCAGAAGGCGGUGCAGCAGCAGCAGCCGCAGGCUGUCUCUCACACCCCGCUGCAUCCUCCUCAACCAGGCCUGUCACAGCAGCAGCACUCACAGAAGCAGCAGCAGCAGCAGCAGAUGCAGUAUUACCAACACUUGCUUCAACCUAUCGGACCACAGCAACGCAUACCUGCCAAGUGGCUGACUAAUUCCUCACAGCAGCCAGCCCAGGCUGUUGGAGCUGGUUUGUCUCACAUGAACCAGUGGAACAGUCCUGGCUUCUCAGACUUGAGCUCUGAUUUGUACAGCUUGGGUCUCGUGAGCAGCUAUAUGGACAAUAUGAUGUCAGAGAUGUUAGGACAGAAACCACAAGGCCCUAGAAACAACACAUGGCCAAAUCGUGACCAAACUGAAGGAGUGUUUGGGAUGCUGGGAGAGAUCUUGCCUUUUGACCCUGCAGUUGGCUCUGAUCCCGAGUUCGCUCGCUACGUGGCAGGGGUCAACCAGGCCAUGCAGCAGAAGAGGCAAGCCCAGCAUGUCCGCCGGCCUGGCGCCGCGCGCGCACACUGGCCCCUGCCCGACGACCCCCACAAAACGUGGCCCUUCCCGGAGUACUUCACAGAGGGUGAUGUGACAAAUAGCUGGUCUGGUACUCAAGGAGACUCUGCCAGCUCAAGUGAUGAGACCUCCUCAGCUAAUGGGGACAGCUUGUUCUCCAUGUUCUCAGGGCCAGAUCUUGUUGCUGCUGUAAAGCAGAGAAGAAAACAUAGUAGUGGUGAGCAGGAGCCAAGUACACUACCGUCACCGCCUCUGCUUUCUGCAGCAGAUGACCGGAAUCAGGAUAACAAAACCAAAACCUGGCCACCAAAGGCACCCUGGCAGCACACCUCCUCUGUCAGCAGCGUGCUGCCCGGGCAGGGCGCAGCGCUGUACCCGCUAGGCGGCCCUGUGGGGCAGUGGAGCGACACCAUGCAGCUCCUGCAGGCCCCCAUGUGGGCAGCAGCCAGUGACUGCGCUCCCACAGCAGGCAUCUCCUCCAGCUUCGCCUACGCGCAGCAGCCGCAACCGCAGCAGGCUGCCCAGCACAAGCAGAUCUCCAAGGGCUUCAAAUCCUUCCCGGGCAAGCACGAGCGCAGACCCUCCUACCUGCAUCAGUACUGACUGCUGGCCGAGGGGGUGCAGCACAGGGCUGGACAGCGGCUAGGGACGCUGGGCUCCAGUUGUGCGUCGGCUGUUCCUGCUUCUCUCCUUAAAUUGGGAGUCGAGGGGGUUGGGGUGAGAGGUGCAAACUCUUGAGUUUUGUUUUACAGUGCUAAGCAAACGUGGCCAAUGUCUGAUGUACACGAGACAGCCCAAAACUGUGAUGUAGAAAUGCUUUUAAAA